AGCGCUUGCAGCUGCACACAGGUCGGAAAAAGUCGAGCGCUCAGGAGGUGGUGUUGUAUACUUGGAGCUGGGUUGUUUUUUAGGAGUAAAAACUUUAUCUGCUGUUAGCUGCUUUUGGAAUUGUGUGCUCACUUGGGAAUUCACAACGUGGUGGAAAAGGUAGGAGACAUGUAGAGAAAAUUUUGGCCGCUGGUGUUGCUUGAAGAUGGAGGAACCAACGAUAAGAGAGUUUGAGAUGUCCCUGUCAGACGGUGCCUCGGACGACGACGAGUUCCCCUUAACGUUACCCACAGACGGCAGCAUCCGGAAGGGCUGUGAUCCUUUGGCUCAGACUCAGCGCAGUAAGCUGCAGCAUCGACGGGCUCGCAUCAACCAACAGAUCAACAAGGAGAUGCGGAUGAGAGCUGGAGCAGAGAACCUGUUCAGAGCGACAACCAACAACAAGGUGAAGGAGACGGUCGCUCUAGAGCUCAGCUUUGUCAACUCCAACCUGCAGCUGCUCAAAGAGGAGCUGGAGGAACUUAACAGCAAUAUGGAAGUCUACCAGACAGACAGCGAGGCUGUCAAUGUUCCAAUGAUCCCACUUGGCUUAAAAGAAACCAAAGAGGUGGAUGUCACUGUUGCUAUCAAGGACUUCAUCUGUGAGCACUACGGAGAGGACAGCUUUCUCUAUGACAAGGAGAUCAAAGACCUUAUGGAGCUCAGACAGGCCAUGCGUACACCCAGUCGAAACCAGGCCGGUCUGGAGCUGCUGAUGGAGUACUACAACCAGCUGUACUAUCUGGAUCAACGCUUCUUCUCUGUUCAGAGGAAUCUGGGCGUUCACUUCCACUGGUAUGACUCUCUGACUGGCGUCCCAUCAUGUCAGCGUGCGCUGGCCUUUGAGAAGGGAAGUGUGUUGUUCAACAUCGGGGCUCUAUACACACAGAUCGGAGCACGACAGGACCGCUCUGCAACAGCUGGCAUAGACCGAGCUAUAGAUGCUUUUCAGCGAGCUGCAGGUGCAUUUAAUUAUCUUAAAGACAAUUUUUCCAAUGCUCCGAGUCUGGACAUGAGCAGUCCGUCACUUUGCAUGCUGGUCCGGCUCAUGCUUGCCCAGGUACAGGAGUGUGUGUUUGAGCGCAUCACUCUCACCACACAGGACACACACUUUACCUCUCAGCUCCAACUGGCACAGGAGGCUGCACGGGUGUCAGAUGUUUACUUGUUAGUGCAGCAGAGCAUGACACAGCCUUUGAUGAAGGACUACGUGCCAUUUUCAUGGGCAUCCAUGGUUCAGGUCAAAUCGGAACACUUCCGCGCUCUCUCCCACUACUACGCUGCUGUUGCACUCUGCGACCACAUGGGGGAGGAGGGGGAGGAAGAAGCUGAGAAGGCCUUCCUUCAGCUUUAUGCCAGCGUUCCUGCAGGACCCCCGCUCAGCCAGGUUCUUCAAGAUCCUGAAAAAAGACGAAAGCUUGGUAAGGCCCACCUGCGGCGUGCUGUAAUCAGACAUGAGGAGGCUUUGCGUGUCCACAGUCUGUGUAAGAUCCUAAGGAAGAUGGACAUCCUGCAGGAUGUGCUCUCUCUCACACACAAACGCUCCCUGGACAAAUACUCAGAGCUGGACCGAGAGGACGACUUUGAUGAGACUGCAGAGGCCCCAGAGAUACAGUCUCACACCCACCAGAAAACAGACAUUAUUCCACCUGACUUCUCCACAGUCCAGGUUACUGAUAUCUUCCAAAGACUGGGUCCACUGUCAGUGUUCUGUGCGAGGGCUCGCUGGGGCCCGAUGCGUGUGAUCUGCCUGCAGAGGAGAGAAGGAGGACUGGGGCUCACGCUCAGAGGAGAUUCUCCCGUCCUGGUGGCUGGAGUGGUCCCUGGAGGCUGUGCAGAGGAGGCAGGACUGCGGGAAGGAGACUAUAUAGUAGCAGUGGACGGGAAGGACUGUAAGUGGGCCAAACAUGGUGAGGUGGUCCACAUGCUGAAGAGCUGCAGCGACAGAGGGGUGGAGAUCAGUGUGGUCACAUUACACUCACAUGAUACACAGCAGGUGGAGAGGAGGGCCAUUAUGCUGUCACUCUGCAGCGAUAAAGAAAACACUCGGCAUCAUCUGCUGGGUGGGGCGAAAGGCCAGAGCUCCGCCUCCUUGUUGAACUGGAACAGGAAGAAAAAGAGGGAAGGUAGUGGGCUCACAAAGAGACUUGGAAGUGCUUUCAGUUUGUCAUUUGGAAGCAUCCGAGACACUGAGGCCAUGUACUGAGACAUGACUGCAGAGGAAGCACUCAGGGAAUCACAGCAGCGGAACACACGGUACAAGUAGAACAGACAUGAAAAACCAACCUCCUGUGGUUGUUCAGUGUAGGAACAAGUGUUGUCCCUGGUUCCUCUUAGCACAGUCUGUGUAUCUGACAUCUUUGUCAGCUAAUCACUGAAUAUGGUGUUUACUACUUCCUCCCACUGACAAAAGUGAAGCUGGAAUAUCUCAGAAAUGUGCGCUGGCAUCUUUCUGACAGGGACUGCACAGCAGGUGAGAUGAUAAUGGAAAUGUGUUUGUGGUGUCUCACCUAAGGUCACUACUGUGCAGAAUCUGGUUGCAAAUGAGCAGCACAAUAAGGCACUGCCCAUUUCCAAGAUACUUUGGCGUCACUGUUUGGAACUGUCUUCAUGUGCAGGCUAUGAACCUGAACUGUACUGCCAGUUCCUACACUAGGAUAGCCUGUCUUUGAGUCUCAAAGGUGUGUUCAGGAAGAAUGUGGUGGGAAUGUAUACAAAGUCAGUGGAAAGUGUGUGAGUGAAUAGAUGCUAAUUUGCCACAGGACCUGGCAAAGUGAAAUUUAUACAAGUUCAAUUUUAAUGAGCUUUAAAUUGUAUAAGUACAUUAUCUACAAAAUAAUAGCACAAAGGUUUGAGGAAAAAGGGAGCAAAAUAACAGAAGUGAUGCAUCUUCUGAUUUCAGUUUGAGGCUUUAUAAACACACUGCAACACAUGGUUACUGUGUUUGUUAACAACAGCUGCACAGCACCCUUUCUAUCUGGACACACAAGUGUUAAAAUGUCUCUGUGAGACAGGGUGCCACAGAUUUUAUAGUGGAUAUAGUUGUUUUCACACAUGCACUGCAGGCCUGAACCUUUCUAAAUCAGAUGUAAUGUGUUUACACUGCCAGAGCUCCAGUACAGAGUCUGUCAUGUUGUAACCACUGUUCAGGUUACUCUCCAGUGAAUUCACAUGGAGUGGGUGGGUGGGUGUUUUUAGCCAGUAGUAUGAAUGAAUCUUACCUGUUACCUGUGGAAAGGUUCCCACCUGAUUCUCCUCACAUGGUCUCAAUUUGUGUGAAAACAAUUCAUUUGGCUGAACUUUUCAGCAAAUAAUUACUGUCAUACCAUCAAAAGUACUUACUAGAUCUAGUUAAUGCAGGGUUAGCAGUAGGUGAAAGAUUCACAGACAGAAAAAACAAGAGCCCAGUGUUGAAGUCUUACAGUGUGAAUAAGGAGGUACGACUGGACAGUUUUGUGCUAAACAGUAACAUUUGUUGAAAGUGAAGACAAAGCAGAGUUAAAAAGUACAAAAUUUCUUGUAUCUUAUUAUUCUUGAGGUGACAGAAUAUUCAGUAACAAUCACCUGUGAUUAACCACUGACGUCCUGCAAGUGUUAAUCUGUUCACAGAUGAGUAUUAAUUUAGCCAGUCAGAUCAACAUGGAUUUUAUUACUAAAAGUAUGAUGUUUGACUUAGUCCUUAGAUAAUUAUUUUCAUGUUUAGUUUCAUUAUUUCUAGGUGACUAAAAGCACUUGAAGUUUGCUCUAUUUUCUAAUGUAGUUUUAGUACUUUGAAUGCACUGUGACAAAUUUUGUUCAUGUAGUUUCUGAUGUUGCAAUAAUGAACAAUGUAAUGACUGAGAGGCUAUGUGUAUGGAUAUCAAAUGUGAUACCGAGAGAUCAUGUAUGAAAAGCAUGACGUGAGGUGUGUUUACGCCAAAGUCCACUGUGUUUGCUCUCUGAGGUUUUUAACAGUCCAGCCACUGUACUGUCAGUUAGAGACAGCCGGUCUGUAGUUGUAGGAUGAUGGUGAGAAAAUGUUUCUUUAAAUCAAUGCUGUUUGAACUUUUUGUAAACUUUUGAUACCACUUGAUGUAGCAUAUUGUUCCAGCUAAAAAUGAAUGCUGUGUGAGUGCGUGUGCUUUGACUUUACAGCAUCUGUGCCAUGGUGGGCCACAGUCAUGAGUAUGGAAAGCCAGGGGGGACAAAAGCAAACUCAGCAUUUGUCUGGUUUUUGUGUAUACAUUUUUUUUUAAUGUACAAAUGUCUAAAAAGUCUUAAAUACAAUCUUAAAAGGUCUUAAACAUAGUCGGAUGGUGACAUUCACCCUCCUUUUGCUAAUUCAGAAACGUUGGUUUCUCUUUUGGGAGUCAUUUAUUUAAAAAAAAAAAACUACAAAUCCAAACCAACAUGGAACCACUAAUGGAAUUUAUUACUGCUGUGUGAGCAAAUUUGGUGCGCCCAUGAGUUAGAGUUUGGGCCAAUCUUUUUUGAUCUUUUCUCCAUCCUACUUUUAAAACUAUUCUUCACUUCCCAUUUCAGGCUCUGAGUUACCAGAUAUGCUUCUCUGGAUGCUGCUUUUACAACAUAUUUCAGUUCCCAUUAAAGACAGCAGGUUGCCAGAUGCACUUUCUCUAUCCUACUUGUUAAUUUUGUCUGCUUAUACAUCUGGCACAGAGUUGCUAAAUCUUACUUCAUCCCCACAGUUGAGCGUUCUCUUGGGCUCCGUUUAGUCUCAAUAAAACAGCAAUCACAUUAAAUAAGUGUUGCUGUAGAUGGGAUUUCACUGUUGAGGUGUAUUACUGCUGAAUGGGUUAUAGACUGGUGACAUUUGCUUCUCAUCAGUUCAGACGCUGUAGGAAACUGGUGCAAAUGAAAGUGCUCUAAAGAGCUCUUGGUUCAUCUUUUGCACCAGAAUAUCAGUUCUCUUUCUUUUUAGGGCUGCAUUCAGCCCAAUCAAAUGUCUGUUUAAAAGGUUCUGCAUUGUUGUUGCAAUCUGUGGGCCUGAUCUGGCACCUGAUCUCAACACUCAGUCUUCAGAGCUUUCAGUGAGGCCAGUGUAUUACCAGGCAGCGACCUUCUUCCAUCUUCCAGUCACUGUUGGAAAGAUAAAUAAAUUGUAGAAGCUAAAUUGUUGUCAAUUCAGUUCAGUUCAAUUCAAUUUUAUUUAUAUAGCGCCAAAUCAUAACAAACAGUCGCCUCAAGGUGCUUUGUAUUGUG